AAGCAACGCCGCAGGAGUAUGUUCUCGCUUAUAGCGCAGUCGGUCAAACUCAUGAGCGUAGCUUACUUUUCUCUCAUAGGCUCCUCCAUGAAGCCCUAAGCAUAUAAAGGCCUCUCAUCCAUAUCCAUAUCUCACCUAUUGUUUGUUCAAAAAAAUAUCUCGAUAAAAUGGCCGAAACCCUGAAGACCUUCCGCGGCAGCUGCCACUGCGGCAAGUAUAUCUAUGAACUCGAUUUGCCCGAGGAUUUCAAGCCGGCCGAAUGCAACUGUAGCUUUUGCUACAAGAAAGGUGCUCUAUGGGCCAAAUCUGAGCCUGGGAAGUUUCACUUCGUGAAAGGUGACAUCGAUACCUUGACAAACUACACCUUUGGGCGGAAGACUUUUAACCACAAGUUCUGCCCUAACUGCGGAGUCCAGCUCCUGGUUAUUGGACAUAUGGAACCCCCGAAGCCAGGUGAGGUGAAGGAGCCGGUGACUGGAUUCAACGUUCGGUCUUUUCGAUACGGUCAAGGCGUAGACGUGUGGACAGUUGAAAGAGGCCAUAUCGAUGGUAAAUCGUUCGGGAAACCUUAUGAACCGCCAAAGUUCUCAGGCCCAGAACCAACCGCUGUCAUAGAGGGAGGAAAGAUAUACACCGGCAGCUGCCAUUGCGGCGCUGUCAAGGUGGCGCUAAAAUCAAAGCCGCUCGACAAAUCCUCCUCCGAGAGGAUAAUGGAAUGCAAUUGUAGCAUAUGCAAUCGACAUGGAUAUGUAUGGUUCUAUCCUCAGAAGGAGCAAGUUGUCAUAGAGGGCGAAGAUAAUCUUGGUGUCUAUCUAUUCAACACUAAGUUGUUUGGAAAGACCUUUUGCAAAACUUGCGGGAUCGCGGUGCACAAUCAACGGCAGCCGAUCACUGAAGAACAGCUCAAGGAGCUGCCAGAAGGUAUGCAAAAUUUCGCCAGGGGCGGUCAAAAUUUGACGCCCAUCAACCUGAGACUCUUCAACGACUUGGAUAUCAAGAAUUUGAAUGUGGCGCAGUUCGAUGGCUACAAUACGACCCUGCCUCGUUAUGUCGAGCCGUAAGAAGUAACGAUUAAAUAAAGACAGGCCGAAGUCCAACAAAAUGGCGGGUGGUAGGAGGACAGACUUAUCUCCUGCACGUGUAUGAAUAUAAGCUUUAUCCCCACUCAAGUAUAG